UCCCAAACAAGGCACCCUUCACUUUUACCUUCUCUCCCAGGGCAGACCGCGAUUUGUGGGCAACCCAUGCAGUACACUCACACCCCAGUCUCACCGAUCGCCAACCCAUGCCUCACCGGUAUGCGCUCACCGGGCUAGGCCCUGCAGUUUGUUCUUUUGAACUUUUUUUUUUGCUGUUGUCUUUAGGGCUACUAGUACGGAUAUGGGACCCGGAUAGUGGGGUGAGUGUCUUGAUGCCGGCUGCGGCGGGCGCAGCAGGUUUGCCUUUUUGGCACCCUUUCGAAGGCGGUCUCUUUUUUUCCUCUCUGUCAAUAUCUCUCUCUCUCAAGCCUUGGCUCGGAGAUGUCGAUGUGCUACUGCAUGAAACAGAACCGGUCAGUGAAAGAUGUUGGAUGGUGCCCGGAGGCUUGGAAGAGACGUCAACGCCGAGAGGCCUGAUGGAGGCAGACCGGCGGCUCGAGUGAGCGUUCUUGCCAGCAGGCUCUCGUGAUACGGUUCACCGCCAUAAUAUCAAGGGCGGGUAUAUGAAGAGGGAAGCCCUAGUCGGUGAAUUGGCUCGAUCUGGUUUCGUCGACCCAGACUAAAGGCAGUUGCCGAGGAGAGUUCUUUGUUCUAGAAACAAGC